AUGGCGGAAAUACACCGCCUCGAAGUGCUACACAAGAGAAACCCAUUAUCAGACACCUUAACCACACUAACAGAAGCUAGAGCACUCCUUAAAAGCCUAACUCUUAACGACACCCUGAAAGUGUUAAUGUGGCUCAAUCAAAAAUAUUAUGAGAAAAACAACAAGGCAGACACCAUGCUGGCAAGAUGCCUAAAACAAAGAAUAGAGAGCAAGCAGAUUUCACAGAUCCGAAUGAUUACAGGGCGCACCACAAACUCCUCUGAACGUGUUGAGGAA